CUGACACACCUACUUACAUCCACCUCACCGAGGCUAAAAGCAAGAAAGCAGAGGGGAUUCCCUCGUCCACUGCAGCAGUGAACCGAACAACUCGAACCUAGCCCUAAGAACUAGACGCGAGAGAUCAAAAACUACAAGUUUUCUACGCUCGCACUAUCAAUAUUGGAUUUUGGAUAUUGCCGCAGGUUUUAAACCUCUAAGUUACCGCAAUGACUAUCGAUACUCUUCCUGAACCUGGAUCAACCAUAACAGCUUAUUGUUCUGAUACCUUUAUAGAAGGGGAUGUUCUAUGUGUGGAUAUUCCUAAAAAGUUGAUCGUACUACAGAAAGCAUCAAGUGUUGGUCGGCCGGAUACUUGUGAUGUACUGAUCCUACGCGCUGAAUAUCUUAGGGACCUAAAGAGUAUAACAAAAGGGACACCACCGGCCUGUCCUGAAUUAAGCAUUAAUAAGAUUAUUGAACGUAUCAAAGUUAAUGAACGGAUUCAGCAAGAAAAGCUAAAAUUUUACAGCCAUGAUGUUCCCUUGGAGGCACGUGAGCUUGCUGAAUACCUCGAGACGUUUUUCACCGUAGUUUGGGCUAAACCAAAUAUUAUAGUAAUGGAUCAUACACUCAUCAGCCCACCCUAUAAGGAGAAUAGUGUGUCUUGCAACUCAGAGACGCAACAGGCUAAGUCUCAGACGGAGUAUGUACAAAAGAUGGUUAGCCGGUUUUACCAGGAGCGAGUUUUGUGAAACAAAAUGAAAACUGAUUUCGGUUUACUUUCAGAAAAUAAAUAUGGUAGAUCACUCUGUGUUUUGAAAUGUCUUUGUGUGUUGAUAUUCCUAUGGGAUAUUGAUCAUGAACAAUCUUUCAAACCUCAAGGAGUCAACCGCCUAUUCAGGCUUUCUUAAAAGCUAUUUCUAUGUUAUGGACGACAAUUUUAGUUCUUAUACCUUAGGUUUUUACCUACUGAAGCCACUUGCUUUUACUUUCCUCUUGUUAUGUACGCACAGGUUAUAUUUUCGACUUCAAAUGUAGUACGUGAUGUUGAAUACGUAAACUUAUGAUUGUUU